AUCGAGGUCAGAGACUCGUUGGGAGCUGGAGGAAGAGCAUCGCUGUCUUUGGAGAAAACAAGCGCAGAAAUGGCUUCCAAGUUUUACUCCCUAACUGCUAAACUGUUGUCAGGAGAAGAGUUGAACUUCUCCUCUCUCCAGGGCAAAGUUGUCCUCAUCGAGAACGUCGCGUCUCUCUGAGGAACGACCGUCAGGGAUUACACCCAGAUGAACGAGCUCCACGACAAGUACGCGGAGAAGGGGCUCGUGAUCCUGGGGGUGCCCUGCAACCAGUUCGGCCAUCAGGAGAACUGCAAGAAUGAAGAAAUCCUGGCCUCCCUGAAGCACGUCCGACCUGGAAACGGCUUCGAGCCAAAGUUUCAGCUCCUGGAGAAGAUGGACGUGAAUGGGAAGGAUGCCCAUCUUCUGUUCGUGCUCCUGAAGGACCAUCUCCCACACCCGAGCGACGACCGCUCGUCCCUGAUGAACGACCCCAAGUUCAUCAUCUGGAGCCCGGUGAGCAGGAACGACGUGGCCUGGAACUUUGAGAAGUUCCUCAUCGGUCCCGACGGAGAACCGUUCAAACGCUACAGCAGGCGGUUCCUCACCAGCGACAUCGAGGGAGACAUCAAGAAGCUCCUCAGUCAGGCGAAAUGAGGCCAGAUCUGAAGCCCAACCGUCCUGCAGCUCCCAUCAGCAUCGAGCUCUGUGCCGGUGGCGACACGUGAACACAUCCUGUGCUCUCCUGCGAGUGAUGACUGUGUUGGAGUCUUUUACCACAUGAAGACAUCUUCUGAAACCUGUGAGGAGGGUGUCUGAUGAAAUGUAAGACGCAACUUCUUCAGUUCCAUCACACGCACAGACAGCACUGCUGUGUGGCGAGGACCAAUAA